CGUGGUGCUGACAGCCUACCAUCCCCACAGCCCCGCCAGGAUCCCGGGCAUGGAGCAGAGCUUUGUGCAGGAUGUGUCCCCCGGCCACUCGCCCGGCAGCAGAAAGUCUUUCUCUCGUUGUCGAAGAAUUAACAGGAUGCUUUCCAACGAGUCAGUGCCUCCUGCCUUCAGUCGCUCCAAUUCUCAGGCCUCCAUGGACAGCACUUCCAUGGAGGACUUCUGGUGUGAGGUGGAGAGCAUCAAGGAGAGCAGAGAAGAUGGACCUGAAGAAGCAAUGCUCUUGGAGUUCAAACCUGCUGAUGAAGGGGAGCUGGAGGCGGAAUGGCUGCAAGAUGUAGGUUUAUCCACAUUGAUCUCAGGAGCUGAAGAGGAGGAUGGCCAAGCCCUGCUGUCCACUCUGACCAGAACUCAAGCUGCUGCUGUACAGAAGAGGUACAACACCUACACUCAGACCCUGAGGAAGAAGAACAAGCACACAGUCCGGGAUGUGCGAGACAUCUUUGGCACCAGUGACUCUUCUCCCACAUUUGAGACAGUUCCAGUGUCACCAGUAUCUUCUAAUGGUAUCCAGCUUCCUGGGCAGAAGCCAGUUUGGAAAUCAGUUAGCUCUAAGAGCUGUCUAGACUGUGGAACAGAUAAAGGCAGCCCAUCCAUAACAGAAGAGCUCUCCUAUGAUGUCUCUUUCUCAGAAUCCAUUACAGUCCUUCCGAAAACCCAAGAGUGGCCAAAAAACCAGAGGUUCAAAAAGGAAGACUUGGCUUUGCCAAAAUUCAUUGUUCGGAAGAGCCGCUUUGGGCUGACGGAGGUCGGGGGCCUGUCUCCUGAGGACAUGAAGAAGAUCCGCUACCUCUCCCUGAUUGAGCUCACGGCCUUCUACGACGCGCUGGGCGUGGAGCUGAAGAGGAACCGCGUGGAGAGGGUGCGGGGACGAGAGAACGGUCUUUUCGGAGUCCCUCUCACUGUGCUGCUGGAGAAUGACCAAAAGAAGGUUCCUGGAAUAAAAGUGCCCCUUAUCUUCCAAAAACUGCUGCUCAAGCUUGAGGAAACAGGUUUGGAAACUGAAGGAAUUCUACGGGUUCCUGGAUCUGCCUCCAGAGUCAAGAAUCUCCAUCAAGAACUUGAGGCAAAAUUUUAUGAAGACACUUUUGACUGGGACCAAGUACGAAAUAAUGAUGCAGCGGGACUGCUAAAAAUGUUUAUAAGAGAACUCCCCAGCCCACUCUUCACAGUAGAAUAUCUGCCUGCAUUCAUCACACUCGUAGAAAAAAUCUCCAAGAUCAAGUUACAACUACAAGCUUUGCAUCUGUUGAUCAUGCUGAUGCCUGAAGCCAACAGAGACACAGCCAAGGCCUUUCUUCAGUUCCUGAAGAAGGUGGUUGCUAAUGAAGGGAAAAACAAGAUGAGCUUGUGGAACGUGUCUAUGAUUGUUGCACCAAACCUCUUCAUCUACAAAGGGAAACGCGCAAACCAACAGGAAAUGCAAGCAGCCGCCACCACCGCGCACAUUGUGCGGCUUCUGAUCCGGUACCAGGACAUCCUGUGGACUGUCCCAUCCUUCCUGAUUUCCCAAGUGAGAAAAAUGAAUGAGGCAGCCAUGAACAACAGCAAGAGACAGCUGAUGUUUGACAAAGGAGUGAGAAAACUUUUGAGGAGAAAGACCAUGGAACGGGAGAGACCUGAAAGACCAGAGGGAGCUGUCACUUUCCCUCCAUACUUGCAGUCUGACAUACCCGAGGGGGUGAUAAGAGUUUAUGCUCCACUGCAUUCAAAAGUCUCUAUGGCAAUUCAACUCAACAGCCAAACAAAAGCCAAAGACAUCCUGGCUCGAUUCCACUGUGAAAACAGCCGUGGAUCAUCACAGAAUGUGAGAGGCCAGAUCCAAAGUUUACAUGAAAUUGGAGGAAAUAUAGGUCAGCACUGUUUGGAUCCAGAUGCGUUCAUGCUAGAUGUCUACCGUGCAAAUCCUCAGGCAGAAUGGGUGAUAAAACCAAAAGCCAGCUGAAGCAGAAGGCAGCAGUACACUGGACAAAAGCCACAUGGACAAGAGUGAUGCCUGUCAUUUUAAGCAGCUC